AUUGUUAAACAUAGGCAAGGCUCAGUUUUUUUUAGGUUGUGAGGUUAAGAAGUAAAAUCAGGCCAAGAGAAGAAAUUUUUUAAUCAAGUUCAGAAAAAAUAAAGCCAGAAGCUGGAUACUUUAUUCAGAGAUAACUGUGCAUGGUGAUAGAUGGUGACGUAACAGUUGGCCAUUGCCUUUCUGCCACCAACCAUGAAGACUUUGUUCUGCAGUGCGUGCCCUACUGUCCCAAGCGGUUUGAGAUCGCGCUGCUGUCGUUCUUCGGUGUGACGCUGCUAUACACGCUCAGGGUCAGCCUGUCCCUGGCUGUGGUCGCCAUGGUGCGCGUCCAGCCCGACAACAGAUCCGUCAGCGCAGAGGAGGUGUGUCCGGCGCCCAGGCCCGGGACCCCGGACCACGUGACUUCCAGGGAAGGGGAGUUCGACUGGAGCAUGACGGUGGUCUCGCAAGUGCUGGCCGCCUACCACUACGGCUACAUCUCCACGCAGCUGCUGGGCGGCUACGCAGCGGAGCGGUUCGGCACCAAGUACGUGUUCGGGCUGGCCAUCACCUCGGCCGCGCUGCUCAACAUCAUCUCCCCGCUGGCCAUCCGGACACACUUCCUGUUCUUCUACGUGGUGCGCGUGCUGCAGGGGCUGUUCGGGGGCAUGGCGCUGCCGUCGCUUCACUGGCUCAUGUCCAAGUGGUUCCCUCCGAGCGAGAGGGCGGUCCUGUCCAGCAUGCUCUUCUCAGCCAUCUUCGUGGGCAGCCUGGUGGCGCUGGGGCUCUCGGGGGUGCUGAUCACGUGGUCCGGCUGGCCGCUCGUCUACUACUUCUUCGGCUGUGUGACGCUGGUGUGGAGCGUCCUCUGGAUGCUGCUGGCGGCCAACUCCCCCCGCGUCCACCCGCGCAUCUCGCCCGAGGAGCGCGACUACAUCCAACGCGAGCUGGGCGUCAGCGAAGACAGGACUACAACGCCUCACGUGGUGCCCUGGCUGUCGAUCCUGACGUCUGUGCCGGUGUGGUCGUCCAUCUUGGUGCACUUUGGCGUGACGUGGGUGCUCAACUUCUUCCUGCUGCUCAUCCCGCAGUACAGCAAGCACAUCCUGCACUUCAGCAUAAAAGCCAAUGGCUUCUACUCAGCACUGCCGUACGUGGCCAACUGGGUGGGCUGCGUGCUGAGCGGCAUUCUGUCCCAGUGGCUUCAGAGGCGGCAGUUCAUCUCUCACAUGACAGCGUAUCUUCUGUUCAAUGGCAUAUCCAUGCUGGGACCUGCAUUGUGCAUCGUGGCCAUCACGCUGCUGGGCUGCGAUGUGACAGGCAUCGUGGUGCUGCUAGGGGUGACCAUGGGGCUGCGCGGGGCCUACUACGGGGGCAGCUACCUCAACCACAUGGACCUGGCGCUGAAUUAUGCUGGCACCAUCGCCGGUAUCGGCCACACCAUCAUAAACCUUAAUGGCAUCCUAGUGCCAGCACUCGCCGCCUCGGUGCUCUCCGAGAAGCAAACACUGGCGCAGUGGCGGAUCAUGUUCUACGUGACGGUGGCGAUACUGGUGGUCCCGUACGUGCUGUACCUGGUGUUCGGGUCCGUGGAGGAGCAGCCGUGGAACAAACCUCACCAGCAGGAGGUUGGCAGCCCUGCACUGCCGCAGCAGGAGCAAGCUGACAACCCGAGCCCCGACGACAGUACAUAGCUGACCUGUCAGUCUGGGCCGUGCAGAGCGGAAUUGGUGGAUUAGGAAGAUAAAGUUUGCAUGUCAGUUAAGAUUUUUAUUAUAAGGUCCGUGAUAGCUGCUUUAUACAUGUUCAUAGCCAGAAAAUAUGUACAGGAUAAUUAAAUUUACAUGAUUUUUAUGAAGUUAGCAAUAUUUUUGUUAGUAGGAAAUGGUUUAUUUUUUUGAAACUUCUAGUUUAAGAGAUUAAAAUGUUUUUAUGUGUACUAUUUUUUAUAAAUAUAGUUUUAUAUUAUUCAAUCUA